AUGUCCUCGACGACGGAUUCGAGUUCGAAUCGCGACAUCUCGUUCAACGUCGGCCUCGAUGACCUCAGCACCAUGACGCUCGAGGAUUACAAAUUCCCCAGCCAGCGGCUAAAGAAGACGCUUUCCAACCCCAACAAACAGCCGCUCGUCCUCAUUUCCUGUGGAUCCUUCUCACCCCCCACCAACCUCCACCUGCGCAUGUUUGAAGAGGCGGCCGACUACUGCGAGUUUGAGACCAACUACGAGGUCAUCGGCGGCUUCUUCAGUCCCGUCGGCGAUGCGUACAAAAAGGCCGGACUGGCCUCGGCACAGCACCGCAUCAACAUGUCGAGAAUCGCUGUGGAAGACAGCUCCAAGUGGAUUGGCGUUGACCCGUGGGAGCCCCUGCACAAGGAAUACCUGCCGACUGUCAAGGUCCUGGACCACUUUGAGUACGAGCUGAACGAGGUCAUGGGCGGGAUUGCGCCCGAGGGCGGCGAGAAGCGACAUAUCCACGUUGCGCUGCUGGCAGGCGCGGAUUUGAUUCAGACCAUGAGCACACCCGGCCUAUGGGCCCCGGAGGAUCUGAGCCGCAUCUUGGGCUACUACGGCGCCUUUAUCCUCGAGCGCAGCGGUACUGACAUUGAUGAUGCGCUCGUGAGCCUCCAGCAAUACAGAGAGAACAUCCAUGUGAUUCCCCAACUGAUCCAGAACGACGUAUCAUCGACCAAAAUCCGUCUAUUCCGCAAGAGAGGCAAGAGCAUUCGCUACUACAUCCCCGACAAGGUGGUCGACUACAUCUACGAACACGGUCUCUACAGCGACGAUGAGAAGAAGACGUCACCAACGACGAGCCCUGAGGAAAAGGGCAAACAGCCAGCCACAACAGACGCAACCGGCUCCUCCAACACGACUCCCUCACCAGCACACCCACUGCCCACCCCAGGCCUCCAGUCCCCCACUUUUCCUUUCUCUGCACAUACCCGUUUGAAGAAGCCCGCAGCAUACAACCAGCUGACUUCCAACUAUACACAAAUAUCACGGGAGCCGGGACCUGGGCAACACUCUGCAUAUACACAUGAUAUCGCCUUGCUAGACUGCGUGCAGCAACGCACACAUGCAAAGUAUAAACUGUCGCUACAUACAUGGACCAGCCUGGAUACGACCUCGAAGGCUAUUACAGGACACGUAUAUAUGCGAAUCUUGGCCUCUUCGGCAGAGGCUCUGGCGAUGGACACAUCGCGUUGUAAUCAUUCUAGGGGCGUUUGCGUGUAG